AUGGCCGAAUCAACUUUUUAUUCCGUACCAUCAAGCUUACUCAAAGCUGAACAAAACGGCAGAAGGCGGCGCCGUAAAACCGUGCGAUCCUGCACAUUUUGCCGACAACGGAAGCUGAAAUGUGACCAACAAAAGCCUGUUUGUGGUUCAUGCAAAACCAGAAAGUUACCCGAAUGCGUUUAUACUGACGGUUUCAACUUUCAGUUAACAUCUGAUGAACUUUUCGAAGCCACCCCGAAUGUGGCUCUGAUUAAAAGGAUACAACAACUUGAAGAUGAGCUGAAACAACUGCACAAUAACGAUCCAGAAGCCGUAAACAAAGAAGAGCCUCUGCAAGAAAAUUUUAAAGAGAUUCAUGGAUACACAGGUGGGAAUAAGGUACUAGAUUUUAGAUUCCUAACAAUUGGCCAGGACUCUUACGUAUGCUAUGGUCCAACUGCCAUUCAAACUGCCAUUACUGCAUCUGGAGAAAGAUUUGUGGUAGAGUAUCGCAAGCUUUGGCAACGUGUAGAGAUUGAGUGCCUACAUUGGGAGUCAACGCACACUACUACUUUAAAGCAGGAGCGAUCACCAUCCGAAUGUCCGCUCGAUGGCACGGUGAUUGAAGCCGUGAUCAAAGAUCUGCCCAGUUCCAAUGUGAUGUUUACGCACCUCAAAGAGUUCUUUGAAAGCCCUUUACAUGAGUACUAUCAAUUUCUUGAUGAGGAGAAAGUACUCUUUGAUUUUAAUUCAUGCUUUGUACACACAAGCUCGAUUAUAGGAGAUGCUGAUGCUAGUGAAACAAUGUCAUUAGCUCGUCACGAUGAGAAAAGCCUUUUUAUUAUUGGUAUUGUGACCGAAUUACUGUGUUUCACUUACUUUAAAAAAAACGUACCAGUGUCCAUUCAAAAUUUCAGAAUCUGGCUCACAGGUCUCUCUGUGACAGAAUUGUCUUACAUCGAAAAAGCUCAAUAUCUCCUGCUACAGUACCUUUUCAAAGUAUACAACUCACAAGGCGAUGUUCAAUCUCCACAUCUUGCCAAUUUAGUAUCCAAUCUUUGCAACACCACGACAAACUUGGGUCUUCACGAGGAUAUUUUUGCACUUUACGAGGGCCAAGAGUACUUGGUUGGUCGUCUUUGUACCUUGCAAAAUCUAUUUUAUUGGACAUUAUUUGCAGAUCUUCACAUGGCUUUUGAUAUGGGAAGGCCACUUCACAUAACAGAUGAAUACUUUGAUGAUUUCAAAUUGUCUACAAAUGAGCGAGGGCGAAUUCCGUUGUUGAGAAACUACUUGUACAUUGGACGAAAAUGUAUGAAAGAAGUUUUUGAUCCCCAUAAGGAUCCUGACUUGGAACAUUUAAUAGAUGAAUUAAUUUCUUUUAUGGAACAGCAUUUCCGCCCCAUUCGUUACUACACAGACAGAAAACUGGUUCAGCAAGUGGACCUAUUCGAAAUUAUGAUACUAUCACCAGUUCUCAUGAUGAUUGCAAACUUUUAUAAUCUGCGGCGAAUCCUUUGUACAGAACUUACAAUGAUUAUCAAGAACGGUUUUAUUAAAUUUGUGCUCAUGUCACUGUCUUUGUCGAUAAAUACAAUACUCAGGUGUUAUGAGCUGGAUCAAGAGUAUUAUCCUGACGAAAUUUUCAGCAACGAGAAAGACCUUACUCCGUUUCUUCAUCUUUCAUUGCUAUUGGGUAACUCUCUGCUGAUGAGAUCCAUGAUGGAACUCUACGGUCUUUUCUUCUUCAAAGUGGCACUAUUCGAAAAGGGUCUCAUAGUAUCCACGGAUCAGGGUAUGUUUGACUUAAGUCUCGAUGAUUUUGACGUUCCUGGUGGAGAUUUUUUAUCCUUCAGAGGAAUUUUCAACAAGUUUCGUUUAAUAUUCGAUGAGUUGUUCAGACCAGAAUACAGUACCUUGCAUAGAAUUCUUAUCAAUUCACACUAUUUUACUAAAAUCAUUGCUUUGGAAAAAGUAAACCGGACCAUAUUCGAAAAAGGAUUAGAAAGCCGUACUCAAGUGGAGGUUGAUCAUAACUGGUCUCAGGUAGAUUUUGAUCAAAUAUCUGAUGAAAUAUUUCAAAUGAUGACGGACAAUUUUUGGGCAAACUACAACCAAAAAUUUUCAGGGCUCAUUCAAAUGGAUCCAAGUUGCUUUUUGACCGAUUUUGAUCAGUUUUCUCAAAGCAUUUAG